UACCCAGCUGGUCAGGGGCACAACAGUGAGUUUGUGGGGAACCUUUCUGCUGUGAUGGAAUGAGUUGCUGAUUCCUUCUGCUGAAGAUGAAUCAAACAUGGGAAGUUCUGGCUGAACUCCUUUUCUUGCUAAUCAAUCUGGCUGAAGGAUCAGCUUACAACUUGGUGAGUGUGAAGACUGGUCAUGAGGCUGUGUUGAGUUGCCCUUACUUCUCCAAGACGCCUUUGCUAAUGGUGACAUGGAAGACAAAAUGCAGCACUUGCUGCUUGUUGGCCUAUAGAGCCGAUUGCAAUGAGACAAGGAGGUUAAACUGCAGUGAGAGGCUGAUGUGGAAAUAUUCACCUGACAGAGACCCUGCUCUUCGUAUUUACCCCGUGAACCUUGGUGAUGAGGGAAAUUACACCUGUGAAAUUGUCAGCAGUGAAGGAAAUUUUCUUUUUUUCUCCUCUCUGACUGUUACAGUCCCUCCUACAGUGACUCUGACCUCUGACAAGAGCAGAAUGGCUGUCUGUCAAGCAUCUGCUGGAAAGCCAGCUGCUGACAUCUCCUGGAUCCCUGCAAGUAAUCACAGCACUCAGGAAGAAGUCCAUCACCCCAAUGGAACAGUGACCAGAGUGAGCUACAUCAGCUGGGUCAACAGCAUGCCUCCUGUUGUCACCUGCCUGGUUACCCACCCAGCUACAAACCUGAAUCUGUCCCUAGACCUGUCAUACACUUCCCGCAGCCUUCCUUACUUCCUGAUUGGAGGAUCUACAAGUGUUGCUGCUGUCAGUGGUGUGACUUUAUGCUUGGUUUUCAGAUGCAGAGCUUCCCGGUUACAUAAAAUGACACAUGGGUCGGCAGUGCUAUUUUCAACUAGGAAUUACAGAUACACACCCUCACGUGAGAAAACUGAUGCAGUCAAGCUUCCUGUCUUACCAGAGACAAUCUAUCAGAAUUACAUGGAAACCAGGAGGUGACACAGGGAUCC